AUGUCGGCAUCGAACGAGCUGAGAUAUGGCACAAAGAGAAGCUGCUCCUUUACCUCCACCAAGUGUUUCUUUUCUCAGUUUUUUGCAGGCGCUUGUAUCCGAAUACUCGGUGCAUCCGAUUGUCAUCGGGAAUUAUUUUCUCCGUCUGUAUCAGUUGCACUUGUCGUUGCGACUGUUAUUAUCAGGGUGUUGCAGAUUGCAUCAACUGUUUAUCCGGACGAGUCGAAAUUGCAUUCCCGACUGGGGGUCGUCACGAUUUCGCGUUCGAUUGAGACGCAGGAUUUUCUACCUCUUGUGUGUCUAAUUCUCUCCAGCGAGCACUAUCGAAAUUCUUACGGGGCGCAAACUAGGGGAAUCAUUUUGAUGUACACCAGCUUUUUGUAUGAUGUGGCUUACAAGCCUCCUCUCGAGGGGCAAAGUCUUCGAGGUCAGAAAGCAACAGAGUCGCUAUACCCAGUUACGAUCCUUCUCUGAUGAUUUCAUUGGUAACUAAGCCUAUGUCGGAGGUCCAAGAUGGGGCCACACUGCUCGUUCUCCUGUGUAAGUUAAUGAUAAUCAUCAGACCUUUUUUCCUCACAGAAGUUUUCAAUUUAGAUAUAUGUGUUGAGCUCUCCUUGGCAAAUGACUACUGUUCUGUGCUGGUCCUGGCAAGCAAGAUUACAACGUCACAGGGGAUUGGGAAUCUUGCGGAAUUUUAUUACUCUGAGAAGGAAGAAGCUUAAGAUGGGCUUGCACAGAAUUUUGGAACUGUUCUUCCUUCUUGGGGUCUUCAGACAUCAUGAAUCCGCCUAUCGCCCAGAACACAUUGCCACAUAAAUGGCGCUCAUUGAAAAUCAGACUUUGAGAUGAGCGAAGUUUGGAAAGUUAAGAUUCAUGGUUGUUACUUCUUACAUUUUCAACCUACUCAACUGAAAACAAGUGAAGAGGGUGUUGGACAAUAUUCUAUGUGAAGUGUAGUUAGUUAUGGGUAGUGCCAAGUAUCUAAUACGGAUCUAGGUCACUGGACGUUUUCGAUAGUUAGCGCGCGGAAACCAUAAAAGAAAAUUGAAGUUGGGAAACCAGUGCUCGCUGUCUUGAUUGAUAAGGUAUACUCAUUGGUUCGACUUGAGCACUUGUUCCAGGUUUACAGUCCUCUCUGUAGCUGGAGCACCUUCUCUCCGUAGUGUAAGUGUAACGUUGACUAAUCUGCGCU